ACUCUCGUCUGACCACCGAGCAGCCACCACCAUGGACAAGAUUUUGGUGCUUCUAACAAUUGCCAUUAUGGCCGCAUCGGGCGAGCCCCCAGUGGAUCGUCAGUACCUGCCACCUGGAGGGAACGGCGGCAUAUCUACGCAGUAUGGGGCCCCGAAUGGCGGCGCCAACGGAUUGUCGAGGACAAACGGGCUCUCGACGUCGUACGGGGCACCCAAUGGCAACGGCUUCGGCAGGAGCAAUGGUGGCCUCUCCCCCUCCUAUGGUGCACCCAGCAGUGGUGUUCUAAACGGAGGCUUCGGCGGUGGUAAUGGAAGGACAAAUGGAGCUCCGUCAUCACGAUAUGGAGCUCCCAGUGGCGGAGUAUUCAACGGAGGAAACGGGCUCUCCACGCAGUACGGCGCUCCAAACGGAGCUGCGAGAACAAAUGGAGCCACUAACGGUUUCGGAAGAUCUAACGGCUUGUCGACGCAGUAUGGUGCUCCGAACGGAGGAGCGAAUGGAUACAACGGUGCGAGGACGCCGUCAUCACUCUACGGCGCUCCGAACGGUAACGGCUUUGGCAGGAUGAAUGGACUCUCUUCACAGUACGGUGCCCCGAACGGUGCGAGUAACGGUUUUGCUGGAGGAAACGGUGGCCUGUCCACCCAGUAUGGAGCACCCAAUGGAAGGAGCAACGGCGCAGGAUUAAACGGUUUUUCUAAUGGGAAUGGUGGUCUUUCUACAGCCUACGGUGCCCCUGGAGCAGCCGGCUAUGGCCGAGGAGGUGCCUCCCAAGACGACCUUUCGGAACCAGCUAACUACGAGUUCAGCUACACGGUGGAGGACGCUGCGACCGGCACCGAGUUCGGCCACGAGGAGUCGCGGCAGGGGGAGAGCGCCCAGGGCCAGUACCACGUGCUGCUGCCCGACGGCCGCAGGCAGGUGGUAGACUACGAGGCCGACGAGGGCGGCUACAGGCCGACCAUCAACUACGAGGAGACGGGCCGCGGCAACGGAGGCUACGCUAACGGUAGAAACGGGGGCUACCCCAGCGGCAACGGCGGAUACGCCAACGGAGGUUACGCUAACGGAGGAAACGGGGGCUACGCCAACGGCAAUGGUGGCUACUCCAAUGGUAACGGUGGCUACUCGAACGGCAACGGAGGAUACCCCAGCGGCAACGGUGGAUAUCCUGAAGCGAAUGGUGCAUACCCCAGCGGCAACGGCGGAUACUCUGGUUCAAAUGGGGGUUAUCCCAACGGUAAUGGCGGACAGUCUUCUGGAAACGGGCCUUAUUAAAAGCCGAUGUACAUGGAUACUCUUCAGAGCGCACAAAUAUUUCGUUCAACACGUAUAUUUAUGUUUUUUUUCUGUAAAUAUAUCCUACGAAUGCCGGAUAAAUAUAAAUGAACGCUUGUGUAAAUACGCUUAUUCGAAAUAAAGAUACUGAUAUUUA